AAUGGACAGUCAGCCGUGUGUGUGUGUGUGUGUGGUUGACGUGGAUUUGAUGAGGGGACAGGUUGGACACUGAUAAAGACGGUAACUAGCUAGUAAAGCAGUGCACGGGGAAAGAUGAUGACGGACAUUAGGCGACAGACAGGUGAAGAUGACAGCUGUUAUUGACUGAAUGACACUUUUUAUUUUUGACUUUGACAGUGUAUGAAUACCACUUUGACUCCAAGAUUCUGCAGAAACCCGUUGGUCUGCGUGGGUAUCUGAUCUGCACAGAGCAUCAUACACACACAUAAUCUGUAGGCUGGCCAGGUGUAAGCUACAGGUUUAGGCACAGAUGCGUAUAGAUGUGACAGAGGGACAGGUCCAGGUUAACAAACAGGUAUUGGGGAUGAAGGAGAGAGGGCAGGUACCAGACAAAGAUCCCUGGCCAGUGGCCCCAGAAGUCAGAAAGAUGGGGGUUAAGGGACCCAGCUUUAAGCCCCAAAUGGAGGGGGUGAAGCGGACUCUGAGGGUGACGAACCCCUUGGCUCGGGAGUGUUUGGGAGAGCUGAUGGGAACAUUUGUUCUGCUGAUGUUUGGCUGUAGUGCAUCAGCCCAGGUGAAGACCAGUAGAGAGACUAAGGGACAGUACCUCUCAGCCAACAUGGCCUUCUCUGUAGGGGUUAUGUCUGCCAUGUACCUCUGCAAGGGGGUCUCAGGAGCCCAUCUGAACCCAGCGGUCACUCUGAGUUUCUGUUCGUUGGGCAGGGUGCCCUGGGUGAAGCUGCUCCCAUACACUCUGUGUCAGGUGCUGGGAGCUUACCUGGCCUCUGGCCUGGUCUUCCUGGUCUACUAUGAUGCUAUCAUGGACUUCAGUGGACGGAAUUUGACAGUGUAUGGGGCUAAUGAGACGGCGUCCAUCUUUGCCACCUAUCCCGCAGCGCACCUAUCUCUCAGCAGCAGCAUCCUAGACCAGGUGGUGGCCACUGCCAUGUUGAUGCUCUGCAUCCUCCCAUUGGAUGACCAGAAGAAUAGUCCUGCCCCCGAUGCUCUGAUCCCGCCCAUCGUUGCCGUGGUAGUCCUGGGGAUCGGCAUGUCGAUGUCGUCCAAUUGCGGCGGCGCGAUAAACCCUGCCCGUGACCUGGGGCCACGCCUCUUGACACUGACCGCCGGCUGGGGCACUGAGGUGUUUACGUGUUAUAACUACUGGUUCUGGGUUCCCAUGAUGGCUCCUCUGCUGGGAGGGAUGCUGGGCUCUGGGAUGUAUCUGGUCUUCAUCGCAUGGCACCUGCCCGACCUUCCAACGAACCGCCCCAUAGACAGCUCCUCUACCAAGCCCACCACCGAGGUGUGGAAGCAGCCCCCAGCACCAGAGAAGGAAGGGGUGGAGUUGAAAACUGCCGUUUUCUAGAAAGGGUAGAGGAAGUCACGCCGACUGUUGAAGUGAGAAUAUUGAGCAGAAAUCUUUUCAUUUGAAUCACUGAAUUCCAACUGACUUACCAAGAGACUCCUACUAGAUGUGACCCACUGGGCAAAAACUGAUGAAUCAACGUUGUUUCCAUGUCAUUUCAACCCCCAAAAUUAAUGGGAUGAUGUUGAAUCAACAUGAAAAACUGAUUGGAUUUGCAAAAACUCAUCAAUAUAACGGCAUUUCAUCUUAUUUUCACCCAACUUUUCACCUAAUUCCAAUGUUGUUGAUUUCACGUUGACAACCCAACCAAACGUCAAUCAAAACUAGAUGUUGAACUGACUGCUUUGCCCAGUGGGGAGACAUUUCUCUGGCUGUUUCCUAUAGGAGAAAGGACAUGCUAACAGACUGAUGGGAGAACAUUUGUCCAAGCCUCCUCUCCUGUCAUUUUGAUCUAUUGAGAUGCUACUGCUGAUUGAGGAUCAGGUGUAUAUAUUAGUAGUGAGCUUCAAAAACACAUAGUCAGAGGUGAAAGGACAAAUUGAUAUUAUGAUUAGAGCCAGGCAUUCUGGUUGUUUUUUGAGGGUUUUAUCUUUGACAGGUAAUUUACAACAUUAUCCACUGGGUUUGUUGCAGGCUGAAAAUCCAAGGAAAUGCUCUAUAAAUUGAAACAAGCAGUCUCCAAUCAAUAAUGAAUUGUUUGGGUGUGAGUGAGUUUUUCGGGAGGGGGGGCAUCUAAGCUAGGGGAGGUGUCGCUCAAGCCAGGGGAGGAGUAGCUCAACGAAAAGUAAUUGCACAAAGCCUAUUAUUUGGCAGAGAAAGCUAUUUGUAUACUGAACAAAAAUAUAAACGCAACAUGUAAAGUGUUGUUCCCAUGUUUCAUGAGCUGAAAUAAAAGAUUCCAGAAAUGUUC